CGCUGGACACAUGGGUCAGCUGUGACUUCCUCAGACUUGCGGGGGACGUGCCGCUUCCCCUCGGUGUGGCUCUUCCCGUCCACGGCGGCAGCUUCCGGGACCUCUGCAUCGUGUGCCAGCUUGGAGAGGCGGGGGGGAGCCUGCUUGUUGGGACCCGUGGACUGUCCUGCUUGCAGAAUGGCGGCUCUUGGUCUGUCCGCCGUUCCUGCUCUGUCCAUCCAGGAUCCCGCCUCUCCCCAGGAGUCAGAAUUUCCUCCUCCUUCCCAAGACCGUUCCUGUCCCCGGAAUCUGGACCUGUUUGUUUGCAAUGGGCUGGAGCUACCCACACCACCCUCUGUCGGUUCCCAGGAGUCCGUAACAUUCCAAGACGUGGCCGUGGACUUCACGGAGAAGGAGUGGCCCUUGCUGGAUUCGUCCCAGAGGAAACUGUACAUUGAUGUCAUGCUGGAAAACUACAGCAACCUCACUUCCCUGGGGUAUCAGGUUGGCAAACCCAGCCUCAUCUCGCACCUGGAACAAGGAGAGGAGCCGAGGACGGAGGAGGAGACUCGGGGAGAUGCUGGUCCAGGUGGGGGCACAUGGCCACAUAGAAGAAGUGCUUCUGAUUGGGAGACCGCGUUGAAACCCAAGUGGUCGAUUCUCAUUGAGGAUAUUUCUGGGAAGGAAACGGCCAGCGGUGUAACCAUGGAAAGAACUCCUCCUGGGGAGAAACCCGCCGAAUAUGCUCGCUUGUUGGAAGCGUUAAGCCUGGAUGCUCAGCAGGUGGGCAGGCCUGCUGCCAGGAGGCCCCAUCACCACCACCAGCACCGCCGCCUCCGUAGCCGCGACUACGACUACCACCGGGCCGUGGGUUUCAGGGACAGGUCCCCCAUGGCCCAGCGCGUGAGCGUGUGCGACGGGAGAAAAGUGCACGAGUGUCAUCAGUGCCAGAAGGCCUUCACCACGAGCGCCUCCCUCACGCGCCACCGGCGCAUCCACACGGGGGAGAAACCGUACGAGUGCACGGACUGCGGCAAAGCUUUCAACGACCCCUCGGCCCUCCGGAGUCACUCGAGGACCCACCUCAAGGAGAAACCGUUCGACUGCGCUCAGUGCGGCAACGCCUUCCGGACCCUGUCGGCCCUGAGGAUCCACACCCGGGUGCACACGGGCGAGAGGCCCUACAAGUGCGAGCAGUGCGGCAAGGCUUACGGCCGGAGCUGCCAUCUCAUCGCCCACAAGAGGACGCACACGGGCGAGAGGCCCUACGAGUGUCAGGACUGCGGCAAGGCCUUCCAGCAUCCCUCGCACCUCAAGGAGCACAUCCGGAACCACACCGGGGAGAAGCCCUACGCGUGCGCCCAGUGCGGCAAAGCCUUCCGCUGGAAGUCCAACUUCAACCUGCACAAGAAGAACCACGCGGUGCAGAAGACCUACGAAUGCAAAGAGUGCGGCAAGUCCUUCGGGGACCUCGUGGCCCGGAGGAAACACGCCAGGACCCACGUGAUCAAGAAACCCAUCGAGUGCCGCCAGUGUGGCAAGGCUUUCCGGAACCAGUCCAUCCUCAGGACCCACAUGAACUCGCACACGGGCGAGAAACCCUACGGCUGCGACCUGUGCGGGAAGGCCUUCAGCGCCAGCUCCAACCUCACCGCCCACCGCAAGAUCCACACCCAGGAGCGACGCUACGAGUGCCCGGCCUGCGGCAAGGUGUUCGGGGACUACCUGUCCCGCAGGAGGCACAUGAGCGUGCACCUGGUGAAGAAACGCGUGGAGUGCAGGCAGUGCGGCAAAGCCUUCCGCAACCAGUCGACCCUGAAGACGCACAUGAGGAGCCACACGGGCGAGAAACCCUACGAGUGCGACCACUGCGGGAAAGCCUUCAGCAUCGGCUCCAACCUGAACGUGCACAGGAGGAUCCACACGGGCGAGAAGCCCUACGAGUGUCUGGCCUGCGGGAAGGCCUUCAGCGACCACUCGUCCCUCCGCAGCCACGUCAAGACCCACCGAGGCGAGAAGCUCUUCGUGUCGUCCGCCUGGAAGAGGCUCCAGUGAAGCGAGCCUGCCCUCACGCAACGCAGGUGCACGGCGGCCGAAGGGAAGCCUUCGGAAGGCCUAAGGGAUGUCCGGGUACCAUUCUGAGCAUCAGA